GGAGAAGCAGGUGUGAUUCAUGAAUAAACUGCUCUUUGGCACCCUGUAGGAUACUGAUGAAACAAAUAGAAUUUCCCCAGACAUGGAUAAUACAAGAACAGCAGACACUUUUUCACAGUUAAGCCAGGAAAAAAUCCUCAAAAUCAUGAACAUGGUGAAGAAUAAAGAAGUGAGCAUUGAAGGAGCUCUGCAUCUGGCACAGAAGGAGGUGUAUGCUGGGAAGGAUGCCCAGGAUUUGUUAACUGGCUCCCAAUUUAACUUCAUUAUCUACAAAUACAAACACUACCGGUGGCAGAAACGGAUCCUGCAGCUUGAUUUCAGCACCAGGACCAUUUUCAACAUCGAGAAGGGCACAAUCAGGAAGCAGUUCCCCUUCUCCCAAGUGAAAGGCUGCGAGGACUCGGAGAGGAGGCGUUUCAGCAUCCUGUUCCACGGGAGGCAGCACUACGAGCUGGAGGCGGUGUCCCUGGAUGACAAAAGGAAGAUAAUCUACCUGCUGAGCAGAGUUAUUCAGAGCAAUUCUUGCAAGAGACCAGCAGAGUCCUGCCCUGGGAGAGCUGCAGGAUGUGAUGUGAUCCACGAAGGGCUGCUGGACCUGCAGCAGAACACCUUAACCUCCUCUGAAUGGGUGAAGUGCCUGGCAGAGCUGCGGGAAGGAGAACUGGCCUUGUACUGCCUGGGGCUGGGGGGCAGGAGCCCUGCAGCCACAAUUCCCCUGGCAGCUGUGAGCCUGGGGGAGGGCAGGGACAGUGCCUGCAGCACCUUCUCCCUGCACACCAGAGACCACCACUACCUGUGCCUGGCAGAGCUGCGGGAAGGAGAACUGGCCUUGUACUGCCUGGGGCUGGGGGACAUUUUUCUUAAAAGUUUCCGUAUAAAACCGAGUGAGCUGAAGGACAAACUCUUCAUCAUCCACGAGGAGAGUGGUGGGCUCACAGAUGAGCAGAUUACAGCGCUGAGAAGAUAUUUGCCCACACCCAAAGAUGCAGAAAGGUACCUGUCCUUCAAGGGGCCUUGCUCAGAGCUGCACGUGGUUGACCAGUUUAUGUUAGAGAUGUGUAAAAUCCCCCAGCUGGGCCAGAGGCUGGAUCUGCUGCUCAGCGUCCGUGAGCUCCCCGAGAGCAUCAGAGACCUGGAGCCCCUGAUCAUCCAGAACAUCCAAGCCAGCAAGCAGCUGCAGUCCAGCCCCAAGUUUGUUGCUGUCUUGGAGUACAUCUUAGCCAUGGGGAACCACCUGAAUGAAAAAGCUGGGAAAGAGGUGGCCAAAGGAUUCCGACUGUCAUCUCUGGCCAAACUCUCUCUGCUGAGGGGCAGGGACAGGACGUUCACCCUUCUGCACGCUCUGGUGGAACAGAUCCUCCUGCACCAGCCCGAGCUGGCCACCUUUCCUCAGGAGCUGACAGAGUUUGAGGCUGUUCCUGAUGCGUCCAUGAAGGGCCUCAGUGCUGAAGUUGAUGUUUUAAAAAAAGAACUGGAGAACCUUGUCCAGUGCAGGAGGCUCCUCAAACCCAAAGCAAGCAAGGCAACACCCCAGGAGUCCCAGUUCUGCAAGGAACUGAAGGAUUUAAUUCAGAAAUAUGAAGGGGAUCUCUCCCAGCUGUCAAAAAGAUGUGAGGAAAUGAAGAAGCUUUAUAGCAACGUACUGGUGAGGUUUGGGGAGCCAGCAGACCUGGACUCCCAGGAGCUCUUUGGGUGGAUCUCUUCCUUCCUCUGCGAGUUCAGGAAGGCGUGUGCUGAAGUCGCACCAUGAGAACACACAUUUUAUGGGCAGGUGAGGGAAGGAGGAGCCCAGGAAACAAUUUUUAAUUGGUUUUUUUCAUUGUUGAUAAGCAGCACCUUGCCAAGCUCAGCUGUGCAGCAGAACACCUUGAUUUUGAGAGACAUUCUAUUUCAAAUCUGUAAUUUUAUGUGGUAUUUAACCUGUAAUAUCCCAGGUCACUGAUGAGCCUCUCAAUUUUGUGCUUUUUACCUUGAGAUUCCCAUAUAUUGAAAAAAACCCUACUUUUGACCUUUUAUAAUUUCUCUUUUUAGUCUUUUCCUUUGAAUACCCCGACUUCUGACCCAGUUUUAAUUAUUAUUUCCAUUAUUCUGUAUGGUGAUCUAAUUUCUAAAGAAUACUUCACACAUUUUUAUAAUGAAAUGGGGAGCUGUUACCCACAGAGGAGAAUAUUUAAACAGAUUCUUGUUUAUUUUGUUAUUAAACAUUGCAAACUUACUAUGUAAUGAAGAAAGUAUCUGGCUGAGUGUUUUAUUUUGCUAUUUUGCCUUGUCCCCACUAAGCAGGAUGAAAAAGUAGUACUUUUUAUAGCAAAUGUCAUGUAUUUGCCAUAAAUGCUACAGGAAUUAAUCAAUAUAUA